CAGUUCUCGAAUGGACAUCAAUGUUUCUUAGUAUCCGAUAACAUCUUCACUUUCUAUCUGCCUGUUGCUAUCGCCGCAAUGAAUCAGAAUAACGAGGAUAGUCGAUAUUACAGUGUAACCACCACGGAUGACUGAUCGCCUCGCGCUUAUAGGCCUCAUGGAGGCGACGGCUGAACACGACUUCAAUGCUAACGCCGACGAUGAGCUGAGCUUUCGACGCGGCCAAAUCCUCAAGGUUCUGAACAAGGAUGAAGAUCCGCACUGGUUCAAAGCAGAAAUAGAUGGCGUUGAAGGCUUCGUUCCCUCCAACUAUAUUCGAAUGCACGAUAGCCCAUGGUAUUUGGGAAAAAUUUCACGAUUAGAUGCCGAACUAUUACUGAAAAAGCAAGGCACUCGCGAUGGAAACUUCCUAGUGCGACAGUGUGAGAGCUCUCCUGGUGACUUUAGUAUAUCCGUUAAGUUUGAAGACACCAUUCAGCAUUUCAAAGUGCUGCGAGACAAUAAUGGCAAGUAUUUUCUAUGGUCAGUGAAGUUCAAGUCACUAAAUGAACUAGUCAGAUAUCACAGAACUGCCUCUGUGUCACGUACACAUACAAUCCUCUUGCAAGAUCUGGAUUUGGAAACGAAAUUCGUGCAAGCGUUGUUUGACUUCAAUCCUCAAGAGGAGGGAGAACUGCCAUUCAAACGCGGCGAGAUCAUUACUCUGAUCAACAAGGAUGACAUGAACUGGUGGGAAGGUUCGCUGAAUAAUAAGCGCGGCGUAUUCCCGGCCAACUACGUAUGUCCCUUCAAUCGCUCUCCAUCCAAUACGUGAGCAGUUUGGAGUGAAGCAUUGAUGAGAGUUCUAUGAGUUGUUUUCUUGUCAUUAUGAGUUCCGAUAGGUACUGUUGUGCUUUUCUUCAUCAAAGCACCAUGCUCUCGCUCACGCAUCACUAGUAAAGAGGGCUGUAUAACCGUCGCUCUAUGAUCAUACGGUCCAAAAAAACAUGAGAUUGUCACAUUUCUAUGGUGUAAAUCAACUGCAUAUUGUUCCUUCACAUCUUGUCGUUUUAUAGCUCACAAGUUUUUUCACAACUUUUUACAUAAUAUAGAUUGUAUAGAUCUGGCAUAUCAUACUUUGUGCAUGUUCCAGUAAUCAGUUCCAGCAAUUACGGUGGUUCCGCAUUGCCAAGUUUGUGUAUUGCUUGUUAUUUCUGUUUUAUCUAUCUCCUUUUCGGGGCUCAACUCGUUUCAUAAUCAGUCAUCCGGCCAAUUUUUUUUUUUUGCAACAUUCGUGCGUCCUUGUUUUGUGUAAUGCAUUGCGAUGAGAGUUAGGCGUCUAUAAGUCAGGUGAGAAGACUAUCACUGCGUCUAGAAGUUCAGAUGAGAGGAAGUCAAAAUUUUCUUAGCAGUUAUUCGAAUCUUUAUUGAUUAGCGCGCAGUUGAGAGAUGAACGCUUGGAUAAGCCCGUUCUGCUUGCGCCGAAGGUCCGAUGCACUAUGCUAAUGCAUUCGAACGGGGCACGGCGGUCCCAAAUGAAGGGAUCAACGCGCCGAACAGGUCAACAACAUUUGCAGCCACCAAUUUAAAAUUAAGUCUUUUCCUCCCCGCAUUCAUGUGCUGCUUGCUAUCUUUCCAAGAUCCUUGCGUAUUAUCAUUUUGCUUCUCUGGCUGUCCGUCAUCCGGCAUCGCUAUGCAUUAAGCAAUUCGUAUAUUCGUGUCAUACAGAGUCCUCUUCACACCUUUCAAGCCCACUCAUACAUGUCCAGCAUUCUUGCGACCAUUGCCGUACUUAUAAUUUGUAUUUGUAGAUCCAUGUUGCUCAAGUGGUCCCCUUGAGCCAUAUCGUCUUGUUAUGCGUUCAGCUAUAAUCACCAUGAACUUUGUGUUCGUUUUCACUAAUAACAUUUUCAAAUUCCUAGUUGGUGUGUUUUGCUUUAACAUCGUUUGUAACACUGCAGUAGAAACAGUUAUUCAGUUAUGCUGGACCAAUGCUUGAUAGAAAAUACGAUGCUGUUUUUAGGCAGCAUCAUAAUGAUGCUCCGAUUGUGCUCUCCUAUUCCCUUAUUACUGUGCUUCAAGUUGUGUGCAUAUUUAUUUGGAAUGAACUUCCAGCU